CUUGUUUCGUACCCUGUAUCUUUGUAAAUCAUGUAGGGAGUACUUAACCUCGAGAUCAUGGUGACGCGUGGACGCAAAUUGCUCGUGCGCAGUGGCGGAAAAAGGAGUAUGUAGCUUCAUGUACAUCAACUAUAUGUAUUCGCAAUGGCUGCAGCACUGAGGAAUAACUUCUCAAACAGUUCACUUACAGGCAUCGAACGGAUUUCUGUUUGCUUCCUUCAGUUUCACGACGUGCUCGAAGAACUUAAGAGACAAGAUGGCGGAGCGUAGUGCGGGCGAAGUGAACCAGCUCAAGGUCAUGAUCGGUAAGGCCAAGAGUUUCGUGAUUUUCUGGGGGCGGAGGGCGUACACGUGUACGCGCGAGAAUCCCACCGUCAUCCUGACCCUCGUCUUUCUGAUCUUUUUGAUCUGUGUGGUAAUCACCAUGUUUACUAGUUUGUUUCGAGCUUUGCUCUCCACGCCGGGAGUAGUGGUUCUGUAUCUCACCCUCUUCGUGUUGCUUGUCCGAUUUCUCGUUCGCGCAUUGGUUUUUCCAGGAAGCACGCUGCUCUGGCAGAAGAAAAUCGAGAACUCCUACCGGGUAAGUACGUACUUACAUAAGGCCCGACGUUGCAAAAGCGCGUCAUGUUUGUCUUGUCGUAGAUGAAGCAAAUCUCAACUUGCUUCUCUAUGCACGUGGUAGUAUUUCCCUCUCUCACAGCCUCCCUUCAUCUCUUGUUGUGGAGCGCAAAAUAGAUGAAAGCAUACUCACAACAGACCGACCUGAGCAAAGCAUACUGCGACGCGAUAGUGCAGUUGGAACAGUUGAUUUUGGUGUUGUCCGGCCGUGUCGCCUGGCGCAAGUGGACCCUGCAGCAAGCGGCUUUUGGUGUGAACGUGCUGCAGCAGCUGCAGCGAAAUUUCCAGAUUCAGAGGCAGGACCCGCGAUGCGCUGUUUUCAGCCAGAAGAAGCUAGGGCUGGAGAAAAAGGUGCACGCCGUGCUGAACAUUCUCGGCCACGAGAACGUGCGCAUCGAGAAGCGCGACGGUUCCACCGUGGGGUUCUUGCGGUGGCUCCGGGAAAGCGCGGGAUCCAACAAGGCUGACACGUGCGUGGAGCAAAAGCUACGAUUGACCGAAGAGUUACCGGGAGUGGCCGAACUCCGGAAAGUGGCUGCGCUGAUGCGGCAACUGGAAGAACCGGAAGAGACGUACUGGGCCGGCGCGAAGCGGUUUUUCGCUCCCGCCACGAUAGGUUCGCUUGACCAAGUUCGCGCCGAGCUACUGCAGCGCCGGCCGGGGGCUCGACAAUUUUGGGUGCCCGUUUCCGCGGGCGCGGAGCUCGACGCCGUCAUCAUCCGCCACGGAAGCCACAGACCAAAAGCAGAGCAGAAUGGGCCUAAUCAUGCGAGUGGUUCGCUGGCAUCAAGUGCGGACCCGGAAACCGCAGUGUGUUAUAACCUGCAUGGUGACAACCUGGCGCAAGCGUUCGCACAUGUUCCCGCGGCGGUGAUUAUGUGCAACCCCAACGCCGGCUACUACGAGUCCACCGCGUUCCAGGGUGACUGGGUUGAUUUCUACCUCUCGCUAAACUGCUCCGUCGUGCUGUUCAACUACCGCGGGUUCGCACGCAGUACUGGCGCUGUGCACCCCGAGAACGUGCGCGCGGACGGCCGCGCGGUGUACCAGUUCUUGCGCCGACAUGGCAUCGCGAAGAUCGGCGUACACGGGCGCAGCAUCGGAUCCGUGUGCGCGUGCGAAAUUGCGGCGAAGGAGGAUGUCGCCUUCUGUGUUGUGGAUCGUGGGUUCGGAACCCUGCAGCGCACUGCGGAACUCAGCUACGGUUCGUGGGCGAAAUGGGGCCUGCGGGCCAACUUCUACGAUGUGAGCAACGUCCGCAACUUUCUGAGCAUCCGGGCGCGCAAAAUUCUGCUCGUGGAUCCGACCGACGAGAUCAUCCCCGAUCUCGCCUCGUUGCGCAGCCACGUGUCGUUGCGAGCACUCUGCGACGAGGCCUUCGCCGGAAGAGAGCUAUCCCGUGCGGCGUGCGAGGGACUUGGACCGCCCAGCGAGAACGCUGCGGCUGUACCGGUUGGACUUCUAGGAGGUACUGCUAUAACAAGCAGUAAAGCAAAUGGAACAAAAAUGGCCGCGGAGCCCUCUCCUUGGGGCGCACUUUCAACAACACCGGCGGAGCAACAAGAAACCCCGGCUGACGACCUGACGACCACCACCGGCAGCGUGACCGCCACGCCCAGUUUGUCAACAUCUUCGCGAACGAGCAGCUUCGACGCCACGGAACCGUUUCGGCUACAGGUCGGCGGAAGUACCGGAAGCGCCUCUACUUUGAACGCAUCGCCAGCGACGGACGCGGCCAAGCAACUCAAGGACCUUUGCACGCAGCUGCAGCGCUGGAGCACCAGCGAGGAAUUUUUCCCGGGCGAAACCCUGCCGCUGAGCGAGAAUCACCUCGAGGAGGCAGAGUGGGAAAAGGUUUUUGCAAAGGUGAUCGGGUCCUACCAGUGGCUGCAGCGGCUGUUGGAGCUGAUCUACACGGGUGACGAGGAAUACACCGCUCCCGCCGCGACCACUACUGCCGCACAGUACAGCACGAAUUCCGCCGCGUCGUCGGGCAGCCGGGGGGGACGGCGGUUGUACCAGCCGAUGCAGGCGUGGCAGGUUGAGCAGCAGCUGUUCAAUGAGUUGGUCCGCGAAGAGCACGGCGUCAACAGCGUUAAGUGGCUGGACGACAACAAGAAGUUCGUGCGGCACUUGUUCGCCGAGUCACCCCUGAUUGCGCAGGUGCGGGCUGCCUUCGAGGCGCUGUGCAGCGAGUGGAAUGCGGGCGGCAGCAGCCUGGACGAGGUGCUCUCCCUGUCGGAGUACGGCAACCAUGUGGACUACGUCUUCGGUUUGCGCCAGUACCUGGCCAACCUCGUUUGUUGGGGAUCCCUCCCCGUCAGCCGGGGGGGGUUCCUGUCGGACCUGGCCGGGACCACGCUUGCCCCGCACCUGCUCGCGGUGGAGCGCUACGUGUACAACAAACGCGCCCUGCGGCCCGCCGGUUACGGAACAUCAAGCUCCGGCACACGGGGAGGCGGCGCUUUGUUCAACUUGACCACCGAGGAGCGUCCCAGUCCCGACGCGGUGGCCGAAUACCACCGCAUCCUGGCGUUUGUGCUGGUCCACCGCGCCCGGGCCCAGUUCCGCAAGAAGAUGCAGCAGGUGUCCCUGCUGUCCACCGACGAUUUGCUGCAGAGCUGCCCGGCCUCCUCAAAUGGCUCCGGUGUCCUGGACUCACACCACACCAGUGGCACCGGUAGCGGCCACCUCCAGGGGUCUACUCCGCAGCCGGGGCUGCAACCGGGACUGAUCGGGCACGCACAGCAUUCACAUCUUCACGAACCAGGCGUCGUCAGUGCGUACACGCAGACGGACGACUUGAAAUACUUCAUCAAAUCCAAGCUGCAAAGCGUCGAGCUUGUUUUUUCCCUCGCGUCGCGGUUCCUGCAGCAGUACUCGAAUUGUGCGAGCAGCGCGGUGCCCGAGCUCUUCGCCGAGCUUUCCCUUUCGUCCGACGCCUCGCACCACGCCGCGGCCUCGGAGGCGGACAGCUUCUCGUCCAGUGCGCGCGAGCGAACCGGCCUGGCGCCGUCUGAUAGUGCGGUCGGUCGGUCGCCCGGUGGCCGGCAACACCGCGCCAGCGCGGCCUCGUCCGGAUUCUUUGAUAGCGCCAGGAGCCUGCUAUUCGAUAGCCAGACUACACAGAGAGCAGACAACCAAUCAACAUCCUCACAGGAAAACGCGAUCGAACUCCGUGAUUUCACUUCCACCGGGGGAGGAAAACAAGCGGUCCCGCCAGAGCAGGAAGCCGACGGCGGAAGGGAUAAACUGAAAGCCUCGUCGUUGGGCCAACUGGACCAACUCGAGAAGGCCCGCAGGACCAAGGUGAGGCUCCAGAAGCUGGGCUACGUCGUCCACAUCGACUGCGGACACAACGGGAACCUUUCCGCACACGAUUUCAAGCACUUGGCAAUGUACUUUGAAAAUCUGGAUACGGCCCCAUCCUAAGGAAGCCAUAGCUGGGCUGCCUCUUUCCAAUGAGUCGCUUGAUCGCAUGAAACGUAUUCUCAUUUCGCAAAAGAAUGUUUGGGGCGGUGAAGCUACUUCUUGCCAGCACUCCUGUGUCGCCGUGAUACUUACUUUUCUCUUCAUUCAUGUUCGGUUUCACCAAAGUUGAAUGUCAUACUUGUCCUGGG